AUGUCAUACAAUGGUAGUGAUGAAUUGAAUGCCAUAGUCAUUGAUAAUGGAUCCGGUAUGGUUAAAGCUGGUUUUUGUGGUGAAGAUGCACCACGUGCUGUCUUUCCAGCUGCAGUUGGUCGACCCCAUUAUACAUCUAUUAUGCCUGGAAUGGGUCAAAAAGAUUCCUAUAUUGGAGAUGAAGCUUUAGCUAAAAAAGGUAUUUUAACUAUUCGUUAUCCAAUUGAACAUGAAUUAUAUCAAAAUAUUGUUCUUUCAGGAGGAACAACUAUGUUUCCAGGUAUUGCUGAUCGAAUGCAAAAAGAAAUAACAGCAUUAGCUCCUUCAGCCAUGAAAACUCGUAUUAUUGCACCUCCGGAAAGAAAAUAUGCAGUAUGGAUUGGUGGUUCAAUUCUUAGUUCAUUGGCAACAUUUCAAACAAUGUGGAUUUCGAAACAAGAAUAUGAUGAAUCUGGUCCAUCAAUUGUACAUCGAAAAUGUUUUUAA